AAGUUAUCAUGUGACGUAUAUUUCAUUAAUCGUUGUCAAUAUGUAAUAUGGAAACAGCUUAUGAACAGGACUUUUAUUUUGAUGUGUGUUGUGACGUCAUGAUGUCGCACCAGUGUUUGCAGUGAUUCGGCUGACAGGUGGAACAACAGAGAUCUGCGUGACAUGACAUUAUAAACAUGGAGUUUGUUAAAGAAGAGAGUGAAGAAAUACGUAUUCCAGAUCCGAGCAGAGUGAAAGAUGAAAACCCUGAUGAGAAAAUAGACGUGAUGCUACAGAAAGAGGAAAGCCAAGAAGCGAAUGAAGUGGAGGAGAAACAUGAAUUCACAAGUGGAGAAAAAUCUCUUAAUUGCACAGAGGCCGAAAAGAAUUUCUCAGUAAAAAGAACUCAGACAACAACAUCUAAAAGUUCUUUCACUUGCCACGACUGUGGAAAGAGUUUCUCGCGUGAAAGACACUUUCGUAGCCACAUGAGAAUUCAUACCGGCGAGAUCCCAUUUACCUGCCAACAGUGCGGAAAAAGUUUCUCCAGUGAAGGACACCUUCGGAUCCACGUGAGGACUCACACUGGAGAGCGGCCUUUCAUUUGCCCUCAGUGCGGAAAGUCUUUCUCACACAGAGGAAAUCUUAAGUGUCACAUAAGGGUUCACACUGGAGAGAUGCCUUAUACGUGUCAUCAGUGCGGAAAGAGUUUCGCUCAACAAAGACAGCUGAAAAGUCAUUUGCAACUUUCUUGUGGAGACGUACUGCAGUGUUCAGAGUGUGGAAAGAGAUUUGCGGACAAGAUCUGCUUCUUUAACCAUCUGCGCAUUCACCCCGGAGAAAGGCUGUUUGACUGCAAGCACUGUAGUAAAAAGUUUCUUUUGCAGUCUCACUUAGAGAUACACAUGAAAAGUCACAGUGACGAGAGGACUUAUGUGUGUUCUUUGUGUGGAGAGGGUUUUAAAUGGCUCGAUAAUUUGAAAUCACACCAGAAAAUGCACGCUGGUGCCGGAGUGAGCUACUUGAAACAGCAGCAACGAAUCCACACUGAGGAAAAAACAGACAAGGACUCAAAUAGUGCAGAGAUUUCCACUUCCCCAGAAACAUCAAGAACGCAAGAAGGAGUGCCUGCUGGAGAGGAGCUAUACGGCUGUUCUUCAUGUGGGAUGAAUUUCAGCACAUCAAUUUUUCUAUUGGCUCAUAAAAAGAGGCACUGCCUGAAAUAGCCAUAAAGAGCAACGCUCAUCUUUUGAUACGUGGUGUGAAAUUAAGAUGCACCAAAAUGUGGAAUUUCUCCCAAAAGAUGAUCAUUUGAUGCAAGUUUUGCACAGGAAGAUGUCAAAAUAUUUGUUCAAUAAACAUAUAUGGCUUUGC